AUGGUUAUUCUCAGUGAAAUUGUAGAAGGAUCCGCAACUCACACAUAUGAUGUAUUUCUAAGUUUCAGAGGAGCCGAUACUCGUAAUAGUUUCACCGAUCACCUCUACAACGCCCUGAUUGACGCCGGUAUAAAUACCUUUCUAGAUGAUGAAGAGAUCGAAACCGGAGAAGACCUGAAACCUGAACUGGAGGAUGCCAUCAGAUCAUCAAGGGCUUCUGUGAUAGUGCUGUCCGAGAAUUACGCUACUUCCUCAUGGUGUCUUGAUGAGCUGGCAUUGAUCCUUGACCAACGUCGGGUCUCUGACCAGAUUGUUAUACCAAUCUUCUAUCAUGUUGAUCCCACUGACGUAAGGAAGCAACAAAACAGCUUCGGAGAUGCCAUGGGGGAGCACAGACGGAAGAAGAUGGAGGCCGGAACAAAUGCUAAAAAAAGAGAUAGAUGGGGUCAAAAGAUGGAUGGGUGGAAGAAUGCACUCACAGAGGUUGCCAACUUAAAAGGGAAAGACGUCAAUGGCAGGAAAGAGUCAGAUUUUAUUCAGGAAAUUGUUAGCGAAAUCCUUCAAAGUUUAGGUGUACACUUAAGUGAUGCUUUGCCACUCCUGAUUGGGAGAUACCAUCACAUUGGAAAAAUCACAUCAUGGUUGACUGAUGGUUCCUUCAAUCAUAAUGCUAACGUUCUCACAGUUUUAGGCAUGAGUGGGAUUGGGAAGACAUCUUUGGCCAAAUAUGUCUUCCAUCUUCACUCUCGUAAGUUCGACAAGAGCAGCUUUCUUGAAGGUAUCAGUCUAAGAUGUACCGGAAAAUUUAAUGGAUUGGUUGAUGUACAAAAGCAACUUUAUGAUGACAUCUUAAAAAAGAACAAACCACCAGUUCAUGAUUCUUGUGCAUAUACCUCUAAGAUCGAGAAAGUGUUAUCUCGUGUGAAGGUGUUGCUAGUCCUUGAUGAUAUCGAUAGUGUUCACCAGUUGGAUGCGUUGCUCGGAAACAAAGGUCUUCAUCCAGGUAGCAAAAUCAUAAUAACAACCAGGGACAUGUCGUUGACAGAGAGGUGUGCAUUAUUCAAACCGGGUUUUGAACCCACGCAUACAAAGCUCCUUAUUGAAAGCUUAUAUAGAUUCGAAGCAGUGGAGCUAUUAAGUAUGCAUGCAUUCAAUUGCAAAGAUCCCAAAGAAGGCUAUGAAGAGGUUGUAGAGAAGCUUCUCAAGUACUGUGAAGGACAUCCGUUGGCUCUUGAAGUUCUUGGCAAGUCCCUACGUAAUCGAGAUAUAGCUUAUUGGGAAGCAUGCGUAGAUAACUUAAAGAAAGGAACUCAUUCGGGUAUAAGGAAGGUCUUGCAAAUGAGUUACGAUUCCUUGCCAUUCCCAAAUGAUAAGGAAUUGUUCAAGCAUAUCGCUUGUUUUUUUGUUGGAUUAGAUCGAGAGAUUAGUGAGAAAAUACUAAUGUCAUGUGAUAUAAACACAACAUCUGGAAUCCCAAAUCUCAUUGAGAGAUGCCUUCUUAGUGUUGAUCAAUGGGAUAACAGCUUAAAGAUGCAUCAAAUGAUUCAAGAGAUGGGGAAAGCUAUAGUACGUGAAGAAUCACCCGAUCAUCCAGGGAAGCGUAGUCGGUUGUGGUGUCACGAUGAGUCAUUGAAAGUGUUAAAAAGAAAAAAAGGUACUGAAAAUCUGAAAGGCCUUGUCCUUGACACAAGAAUGCUUGAGAAAGAGAAGCCUUUUGAUCUCAAAACAGAUGCCUUUAGAAAUAUGGAUAACUUAAUGAUACUACAACUCAACUAUGUGCAACUCAGUGGGUCUUACGAGGAUUUUCCAGAAGAACUAAGAUGGUUGCGUUUGCAUGGGUUCCCUCUAAAGUUUAUACCUUCAGACAUACCAAUGGAGAACCUGGUUGUCCUCGACAUGUCAUACAGCAAAAUCGAAUCAUUUGGAACUUACCGUACUGAUUGUUACCCUCAACCACUUGAGGGCGGGCAAAAGCUCACUCCUUUACUUGAGCAGUUGAUAGGAUCAUGUUCAGAAGACAAAAGAAUCCUUGGAUCAUUGAAGAUUCUUGAUGUGAGUUUCUGUGAACAACUUGAUAAACUCGGCGGCUUUUAUGAACUCCCUACACUUGAGAGGUUAAUAGCUAGAAAUUGCAUACGUUUGAUUAAGAUUUGUGAAUCACUUGAGGAAUGUAUUGAACUUGUCUACAUCGAUCUUAGCUACUGUGUGAAGCUAGAAAAGCUUCCAACAGCAAUAGGUAAGUUGAAGAAUGUUGAAACGCUGUUGCUAGAUGGUUGUGAUACCUCUUCUUCCAUUAUGGAGGAAGUUCCAAGUCAUUUGAAUUUCAACGUGAUUUCCUUACUGAGUUCGUUAGUAAGGUUAUCACUUGCAAAUAAUAAUUUGUCCAACGAAUCCUUUCCGAUGGACAUGAGUAGCCUGUCAUCGUUAAAGUACUUAUGUUUAGAUGAGAAUCCUAUCGUGUAUAUGCCUAGUUGUGUAAGAAGCCUUUGUAUUCUUGAGGAGCUUCAUAUGAGAAACUGUAAAACUUUGAUGACAAUCGAGCAUCCUCCAACUACGCUAAAACGGUUAUAUUCACAUUCAGAUAAGUCUAUGUUACAGAGAAUUAUAUUUGAUCCAGAUAUGUCUCCAAGCCGUACAUUUAUGGGUACAUCGCGACCUUGGUCAUAUGAAAUAGAAGGGAUGGUGAAAGUCCAAGCACUGGAAAGUGUUGAGGAAAAGGUAUUAUCUACUUUGGGCUGGACUCACUUAUUUGAAUUUGACUUCCUUAAGAAAAGUCACGUUGUAACUUAUCGUCGUCUCCGUGGAAGAGCAAAGGAAUAUCAAAUCCAGAUGUAUUAUGAAUUUGGGAUAUUCAGCACUUUUUAUGGAGGGCAAGGGAUGCCAGAUGGGAUUAGUUGGAAUAUACGGAGCCCGCCUUUGGAAGUUGCAGGAGACUUUGAUAUAUCCUUUACAGUUCCUUCAUCUCCUAAAAAGCAGCAGCUCAGAGGUCUGAAUUUAUGCUACGUGCAGAGGAAGGAGGACUAUGGACAAAACUCCCAAGAGCUCUUCAAGAAAUAUGGAUAUCCGCUUGACGGAUUGUUUUAUCCGCCAGUGAUUGAAAUAAGGAAUAAAACAAAAGGCCUCACCUGGAUAUACAAGCAUUGUAUUGGGGGAUUUGAUGUAGGUGGAGAAUGGUUAACGUAUAUAAGCUACUGGAUGUUUGGGAUGAAUGAAAUGGAAGCCGGAGAUGAAAUUAUUAUUACCGAGAAAAAAGGCUGCCAACUUGACCAGCGUACAGAGAACUGUGGGGUGAAUUUUGUGUAUGAAGAUGAUCAAGGAACCAUGGAAAAUGAUGAAAGUAUGGAAUAUUACAAGUCAUGGAAUCACAUCAUUGGUGGCGAUCUUUCGGCUUUUGAAACGACCACUGGAGAAUACGUCCUAUAUCACCCGCAAAUUUCACGAUCUUCUAACAAGUACCCGCCCAUUUACUGGGGUAAAUAUGCAUGCGUAAAAUAUAAAGAAGCGACCCUUCCUUUUAGAGCUUUCUCCAAGAGGAAAAUUCCUAAGUAAUUAAAUAGUUGGCGGCAUCCAGAGGUGUAUAUGUUCAUGAUUUCGAUUUCCAAAGUUCAUGGUUUCGGGAUAAAAGGAGUUACCAUGCAUCAUCUAGGAACACAUCGACUCUUCGAAAUGGCAACAUUAUACAUAUGCAUGGAAAUGGCAAAUUUGGUAAUGUGUAGCUAGCUAGUUUAAUUGUUGUUUGUUCGUUAGGACAUGAUCUCGAUCAGCUUACGUACAGCUUGUAGGCCGGGGGCUGGUCCUUUUCUUUUUUAAUUAUUGUGGUUUGUAGUUAUGUAAACAGACGUACUGUCGUAUGUUAUACUGUUAUGUAACCUAUUGAGUCCCGCUCGAGGAAGACUCUUCCUUAUAUAAUUCACAAAGAAAUUUUGUAUUU